UAAACAUCGACUGUCUGUCGCAGCAGCCAACCCGUCAUGCAUUUUUACUGUGUCCUGCACCUUGCCGCAAACUUACUUUUGUGCUCUAAGAUCAUGCAUCGGCCCCGAAAAGAGUCACCAUCAAUGUCACGCCGUGUGUGUUUCGUCUUCCAUGUUUCAUCAAAGCACAAUGUUCGGGGAUCUAUAAAACCGAUGUUAUGCUUGUGCUCGUGUUGCCAAGCUGACGAUUGCCUUGAUUCGUGAGAUACAUGAGCUUCGUUUUCGCAUUCCCUCUGCAGAUGGGUAUCCUCGAAAUAAAACCCUGCCCAGACCUGUAAGCCAUCCUUCUAUCUCUGUUCCU